AAAAAAGUAAUUGGACACAACACAAGACAUGUGUGCUGUAUGAAGUACUCUCAAGUCAAGUGUUGAUUCCAUUUCACGGCAUUCUCUGUAUCUCUGAAGUCGCCAUGGAUUGCCACAUCUAUGGCGUUCUUCUUCUUCUUCUUUUCCUCUUCUCAAGUUCCAAAUUGCGGGUCUCUUCAUCUUCUUCGUCACAGACGGGUCAGAUUAACUCCAAUUCAAUUCUAGUGGCUCUUCUGGACUCGCAUUACACGGAACUCACUGAGCUCGUUGAAAAGGCCAUGCUUUUGCAAACACUAGAAGACACCGUCGCUACCCACAACAUCACCAUCUUCGCCCCAACGAAUGAAGCCCUUGAACGCAAUCUCGACCCUGAUUUCAAGCGCUUCCUUCUCGAACCCGGUAACCUUAACUCCCUCCAAACAUUGCUCUUGUUCCACAUCAUCCCCACCCGAAUCGGAUCCCAAAACCCUCCCGGGUCAACCCGACACCUCACACUCUCUAACCACCACCUCGUUAACAACGUCACCACCACCGCAGAAUGGACCGUCCACCGGGCCAAGGUGACCCACCCGGAUGUCACGACCCGACCCGACGGAAUCAUCCACGGAAUCGACCGCCUCCUGGUCCCUCGCGCCGUCGAGGACGACUUCAACCGCCGGAGGAGCCUCCGCUCAAUCACCGCCGUCAAACCGGAGGGUGCGCCGGAGGUUGACCCGAGAACGAACAAACUAAAAAAACCAUCACCGCCGGCGAAACUCGGUGCGCCUCCGGCGCUUCCGAUCUACGACGCGAUGGCUCCAGGUCCAUCGCUGGCUCCGGCGCCGGCUCCAGGACCAGGCGGGCCACACCACCACUUCAACGGCGAGGCGCAGGUGAAGGAUUUCAUCCAGACGCUGCUCCAUUACGGUGGAUACAACGAAAUGGCUGAUAUUCUGGUGAAUCUGACGUCGUUGGCCACCGAGAUGGGUCGGUUGGUAUCGGAGGGUUACUUGCUGACCGUUCUAGCUCCGAACGACGAGGCUAUGGCGAAGUUAACGACGGACCAGUUGAGCGAACCGGGUGCGCCGGAACAGAUAAUGUACUACCAUCUGAUACCGGAGUACCAGACCGAAGAGAGCAUGUAUAAUGCGGUUCGAAGGUUCGGGAAGGUUCGGUAUGAUACCUUGCGGUUGCCGCAUAAGGUGGUGGCUCAGGAGGCUGAUGGGUCCGUUAAAUUCGGGCAGGGAGACGGGUCGGCUUAUUUGUUCGACCCGGAUAUCUAUACGGAUGGGCGGAUCUCGGUGCAGGGAAUUGAUGGGGUUCUGUUUCCUCUGGAGGAAGAGGUAGCAGAUCGGGUCAAACCCGUUACCAGGACGGGUCAACCCGCUAAAGUCGUGGUCAAGCACAGAAGAGGAAAAUUGCUGGAAGCAGCGUGCUCGAUGCUUGAAACCUUUGGACAGCAUUCUAAAUUCGCCUCUUGUCAAUGAAGAAGCCCACAUCGUUUAUUUUUGGCUAGAAAGAUUCCUGAAGAAAAAUGCACAGAAACCUCAAAAGAUGUAAAAAGUCAAAUAUGAAGGCCAUCUUACUUGAAUGGAUGAUAGCCAGCUACUAUGGGUGUGAUUUUGCCACAUUUUUGUUUUGCUCUUUUUCUUUUCUCCAUUGUUUUCUUUGCAUGCGUUUGGUCCUGGACAAAAGCGCAAUAGCUUCUCUAGUCUACUCGUCAUAACAGUAUAGUGCAUAUAUGUAUUUAGAUUCAAUUACUAUUGCUACUCCAAUUUCAAAGGUGGUUGUGCUGGUAGAAUCGAAAGGUUGUGUAACCAGGUAUGGAACCUUUCUGCUGGACAUGUGCCAAUUCAAUAAGUAAUUUUGCUUAAGAAAUGUAAA